CUCCGCGCGUCAAGGGUAUGUCAGUCGUGGUGAGUCCGAGGCCUUGGACGCGCCCAUUAGUAAUGAUAAUGCAGACUUUGGAAAUAUUGAAUGCCACGGCACAAAUCUGGACUCCUCACAUCGAUCGAUAUUCAGUCUUCAAAAUAAUUCAAAAACGCCUUCAUUGCCCACAAAGCAGGGAAAAUUGUCCAUACUCCAGGAAUAAUAACCGCAUUGACCAAGUCACCAACAAACUACGUGUUGUGCCAUCAGCCAUAGCACUGCGAAAGCAGAAACACGACUCGCUGUCCAGAUGUGCUGCCAGCCCAUCGGUGAGCAGUCUACUUAGUGAUUGCAGAAUCUUUCAUGAGCUUUAG